AUGGCCGCGGCAGGAAAUGAGGAUCUGAGGGCGUGCGAGGCCGAGAGGGCGCGCCUGCGGGCGCUCUCGGCUGGCCGCGAGGGCGUGGCAGCUCUUUUGUGCGCCUUGGACAAGGACUCGAGGGAGGGCCUGAUUGAGGCGGUGCGCGAAGGACGCGACAUCGAGGCGCAGCUCCGGGAGCACACGAAGUCGUGGUUCGAGCGCGGCCCUGACGUGGUUCUGGACGAGAUUGAGGCGUUUGUGCGUGCGGUCGUCAUCGAGGGGCACGAGGGCGCCCUGAGGGACGGAAUGCUGCACCAGGACCGGCGCGCGGGCUUCGACGGGCCUGGUCGGAAGGCGCAGCCGGGGCCCAGCAUGAGGUACGGCGUGAACCAAGAGCAUGCGCGGGAGGUGUUCGCCGCUCUGGAGGCGCACCAGCGCGGCAGGCCGUCCCGGCGCGAGAUGCGCGACAUGCUCGCGCGCGCCGAGGCGGCGGAGAGGGAGCGCGACGAGCUGAGGCGUCAGAAGGAGCGCGCGGACGAGGAGGCUAAGAAGUUGCGCGAGGAGCUUGACAAGGAGCGCGCACGCGCCGAAGAGGCGGCGAGCACCGUCGCCAAGCAGAAGGAGGUGAUCGAUGCGGUCAACAACCUGUGGGGCCUGGCUCAGGGCAUCACGAGCAAGCUGUCUGCGCUGGAGAUCGCCCCGGGGUACUCUACGCCGACGACGGUGCAGCAGCCGGCGGGUGGCUCGAAGGCAGGGCCAUCGGCCGGCUUCACGCAUCAGAACGACCCGGCGGGCGCCCGGGGCGACCCCCCGAAAGCACAGAACGGCGAGGGCGGGAAGAAGUUGGGCUAUCACGAGGUGUCGUCUGCCUCGGCCGGGGAUAACGGCGGCGUCGCUGGCGAGGUGGCCAAGGCCCAGGCCAAGAAGUGA